AUGGCCAAGGUCGACGCGGCGGAUGGGGAGUCCGCUUCGUUCCCCGCGCCAUUGUAUGGAGGGCCCGUCGAGGCUCGCUCUCUCUCCUCCAUCACCUCCAUCGCAUCGAACCCGCCAGCAUACCCUCGGAAUCCCACGCAAAAGAAGCUUGAGCCUCUGGUGCUGUAUAUUGUGAGAGUACCUGGAAGUAAAGAUGUCUUCCUUACCCCUCUCAAACCGCCGACAAAAUACAGCGUCUCCGCAGAAGCCAUCAACGCCUCGCUUUACUACCUCCAUGUUGCCGGCCCCGAUGAUGACAUCCUUCUCCAGGAAUACGAGCAGGAACGCGAAGAGCAGGCAAGACUGCGCAAGGAAGGGUUGAUGGAAGAUCCGGACCUUCCUCUGCCCGCGCCUGAGAUUGCACGCUUGAACAAUGUCCGGCGAAAGCCUGUUGGCGCGCCCAACGAGACGGUCAGCCUUGACGCCCCUCCUCUACCAACUCGUCCCUCGUUCUCUUCAGACCAGCAAUUCGAGAAUACCGCGCCGAUUUCAUUGGAUGAUUCGAUACCACCACCCAUGUUACCCCCCCGUCCGACACUUCCUGACUAUUCGGCUUCUGGCUUGCCCAGGGGAGAGGAGACCCCUCCACCUUUACCCCAACGGCCUGUAUCGAGUAUACCGCAGAAUGAAACCGUCUUCGACACCUACAGACCACCCAAAAAGAAUAACCGCUGGAGUGCGCUCUCUGGCUAUGUCUCCAACCAGGUCCAGCGUGGAAGGGAGAGAUAUGAGGCGGCUUCGCCGGUUCGUCACAGCUUCGACGGCGCGCGCCCUUUGAUGCGGCCUCAAUCAUCCCAUGAUCUACCACCACCCUAUUCUGCCAUUGCCCCUCCUCCGAUAUCUCCUGGACAGUCCCCAAGUCGCUUACCACGCGAUAAUGCUCCUCCGCAACAACCAGGCUUCCAUAUCACGCUGAUCCGUCGCGACCCAACUCACGGCAGCCAAUGGAACGUCGCAACCAUGUCAACACCUCCGAGUCGUACAGAUGGUACUGGUGUUGAUAUUGAUAUUUUGACACCCGGGUAUAGUCGAUUUUCGGGUCACAAUGAACCACUCUCUCUAGAGUCUUUGGGUUUGAACCUUUCCGCUGAGGCUCGCAGUUUACUUUCGAGGCAACAGCAUACCUCUAGUCCGUCUGCAACACCACAUGAUCCUUCAGUUCCUCGCGACACGUCUCGACCCCGACGAUUUCACCGCAAGCUUCUGGUAUCUCGACCAGAGGAGUCGCGUGGCUCGCUGGAUUUACCAGGUAGCCGUCCCUCCUUGGAUGGUGGCCCUGGAAGUCCCUCCAACUUCUCGAAACUCAAAAGCGGCUACUACACCUUCACCUCACCAUGGAACGGUACUUGCACAUUCUCGACCAGUGUCAAUGGCCGGAGUCUAAAAUGCAAACAUAUGAUUCCUUCCCCCGGGUUCCCGCAUUCGCCAAACUCAACCCAAGAAAAUCCCGCGGUGACGGUUGCCGAAAUUCGGUUCAACACUCCCUUCCAGGGCAGUCAUGCGCAUCAUCACCACUCCGAGCAUGCCGACCCGUCUGGCCCAUAUUAUUACAACCCGUCCACAAACCCCUCCAAACGAGCAGCGAUUGCCAACUUCAUAAACCACAAAUUUGACCGGCGAGGCUCGAACAGCAGCACAAGCAGCGCAGGCGCCAAUGAACCACCACCCCCUCUACCCCGCCGUCCGAUUGAUGAAGACCGCAUAGAUCUUUCGCUCGCGCGUGAGAAGGCGGGUGGUGGGAUGCGUGGUAACAGCGCUAAACUUGGAAAGCUCAUUAUUGAGGAUGAAGGUAUCAAGAUGCUCGAUUUGGUUGUUGCGGCUUGUAUGACGGUCUGGUGGAAGGGCUAUUAUUAUUAG